GUCAGAUAGGGGCUGGCUGGAUCUUCACGAAUGAGAGGCCUCCCAUAGCAUUGCUGCAGUGGGAAGGUGGGAACAGUACCAUAAACUUUCUUUCCCUGUUCUGGGACAAUCCAAGGAACGAAGACGUCAAGCAGGUGGAUUCCAUUCUAGAUCUUCCCACGUCUGUUCAAGAUGUCUCAGCGAAGCAAAAAGAAGACUUCCAAAAGCGGACAUUCUAAGAACUCAACAGAGCACCCAGUUCUCAGCGGGGCGAAGAUGGAUUCCUUGGGUUUCCAAGCGAUGGAGAGUAACGUUCCUGGGCUGUCCCAAGUUAUCCUUCAGAAACUCAACAUGAAGAAUUAUGAUGAAUAUAGAUCUGCACUGGAGGGCAAAACCCCCUGCAUGGAUUUUGGCAUCCGAUCUUACUUUGAGAUGUUUCAGAAAAUGGAAGACACGUUCAAAUUUUGCGUCGAGUGCAAAAAACUUCCUGAUUCGCUACCUGACCCAAGAAGCCUACGGCGUUGCAAAAGGUGUCAGAAUGUCUACUAUUGUAGUGCUGAUUGUCAACGGUUGAACUGGCCCAGCCACAAAAAAUUCUGCAAGAAACUGAAGCUGGCAGCCCUUGACCGACUUGCAGAAUGGCUUGUCUUCACAGGUGACAUCCCUUUUCCCACAAGUGCAUGGACAAAAAAUACCCAGGACCUGCAAGGCUGGGAAGACUGGUUCUUGAUGCAGGAACAUCUGGAAGAAAAGCUUAGUGCUAUCAAAGCCGGGCGUUACAUGAGCAUCCUCUGGGCCAACGCGGGCAAACCAAAGCCCAACGAAGUGGAGUUGACGGAGUCAAUCAAGAGGGUGACCACAGACUUUGUCUCCAGGCCUGUCACCGUUGGCUUCGGGCUGAGCAUGUUCCAUCUGGAUCCUUACGCCAAGCCCAUCACGGUGCAUGUGGUUGGAGCUUCUCAUGUUGAGACCCUCAACGCUCGGGUGACGGAUUACGAUGAGCUCUCCCAGAUGUUUCCGAAGCACCAAGGCAUAGAGGUGGUCAUGGUGGGGAUGGAUGUGGUAGAUGGUCCCAUCAUGAGACCUCCGCUGGUGGCCUUUGGGCCUCGGCAAAGGGUCUACCUCAGCAGCUACAAGGACCUUUAUCACAACUUCUGGGAAUCACAGGUGGAAACACAGCAAGCGGCGCGACCAGAUCUUGUGGUCGCCUUCCAUGCAGGGUUCCAUGCCUGUCCUGAUCUGAUGGCAAGUUGGCUUCCCACCUUGUUGCUUCUGCGAGACUACAAGAUCCCUUCUUUAUUCACUACGUACAGUGAACAGGAGCUGAAACAUUCCCUCAGGAUCCUGAUGGAGCUGGAGACUCAGAUCAUCAGCUGUGGGGCCAACCCCUUCGCCUCCCUCAAACCGGAGCAGGCCCAUUCAAACCCUAACAAGCCACCGGUCUACGCCAACUCCCACUACCUCAUGUUCCAUGGUCUAGGUGGCCCUCCAGAGGAACAUGACAUAGGAGAACUGGAGGGGGAAGAGGAAGAGAGAUCUCACCAAGCUUAGAACUAGGCAACCUA